AAUGUCAGCAAUAUAUGGAAUUGGAACCUGUAAACUGUACUCGUCAAUUUCUCUGUGAAUUUGUGGGAAUGCAACUUGCAGACUGCGCACCAGGAACCCCAAUGUGUUUGCACUCCAAGAAGAAAUAUCAAGCAGCUAAACACCGUACCGUUGAGACAUCAAUUUGUGAAAAGAUAGUUAUCAAAUUCUUAAAAUCUGGAGAAUUCUAUAAGGAGAUUGACGUCGUUAGUGUUGAUACAUUCCAGGGACGCGAAAAAGUUUACAGUAUCCUCAGCCGUGUGCAUAGGAAUGAGAAUCAGGACGUUGCGUUAGCAAGAGCUCGAUACGGUGCUGGAAUAUUAGGUAACCCGGAAGGUGCCGAGUCAGGUAGGAUAACAGAUAUGAGAGAUAUUCGUUCAUCUAUUAAUGCACUGCAAAGAAAAGAAGGCCCGGUAGAGCGUCCAUUGAAUAAUUCGAAAGUCAGCAUGAUAGCCCAGCAUAGUGGCUUAUGUCAUAGUGGAGUUCGCACCGCUUACGAUCCAGAUUUCAUGAGAACGCACGAUCCUGUCAGUUACCUCACCGUCAUUGUCCCAAUUCAACAUUCUUUACUUCCAACACCGAAUGCACCAUUUACUCAGGACUUUUUGCGAAACAGUAUAUGA